CUCGAGGUCUCUCGCGCCUUUGGAGACGUGCGGCUCAAGCCUUUUGGGCUGAUCGCCACGCCCGACGUCGUCUCUUUCAAGAUCGGCCGCGAGACGGAGUUCAUCCUGCUCGCCUGCGACGGCUUGUGGCGCGUCUUCUCGGGCGUGCAGGCGGUCGAGUGGCUUCGGCCGAAGCUGUGCGACAUGGACCGGCGGCGGGCGGCGCUGGUGGCCCAGCUCGGCUCGGCGACGGCAGUCGCCGCGCUGACCCGAGAGGCUCACGCAUCGCUGCUCAAGGAGAGGGAGGCGGCGACCGAGGAGGGCGUGCUGCGCGAGCUCGUCCGAGUCGCGGUGCAGGAGCGCAACGCGCGCGACAACGUCACAGCGGUGCUGGUCCGGUUCGCGUGGCCAGAGGCGGAGUCUUGA